AUGGGUGUUGAAAUAUCAAAAAAGGAAUAUGAAUCAAGUUUGAAAGAUAAAAGUGUUCUUGGUACUGAUCAUCUAUUAUCUCAUAUUGACAUUUUACUUUCACAUUCUUUUUGUGAAUAUUUAUUUCGAAUUGAGCU